UGGUUUUAUUUUGUGUCGUCGUCUCAGUGCGUUGAAUCAAGCGAAAUGGCAAAAACAAGCGAAGGGAAAGAAGCAGAGGUUAUUGUUCCAAAGAUCGUGUGGAACGAACAACAAAAGCGUUUCGAGACAGAGGACAAAGAAGCGUACUUGGAGUAUGUCCUCAGAGAGAAUGGGAAGGUCAUGGAUUUGAUCCACACCUUCGUUCCUUCUUCCAAGCGAGGUCAAGGCAUGGCUUCCCAUCUCUCCGUCGCUGCGUUUCGUCACGCCGCAUCGCAUUCCUUAUCGAUCAUCCCCACCUGUUCCUACAUCUCUGAAACAUUUGUUCCUCGGAACCCAUCUUGGAAUUCUGUCUUGUACACAGAGGGUGGCAAAUCUAAUAUGUAAAAAUUACAUGGUACCUACCUGUGCUUCUAAUUAAACGCCUGUAUGUUUUUGCUUUAAAAUCUGGCCAUGUUUUGUUGAGGGGCUCUGCUGUUCAGAAGUACUUAAUGAUUGUACUUGUACUAAUUAAUAAUCUCUCCUCAAAUCAAUGAAAUAUGCUUUACUGCUGAGAUGUUUGCAUCUUA